AGACGUAAGAGGGACACGCGUAAUGCGACAAUGGCGACCUAAGAGGGAUCGUGGCGUGCGUUACCUCGCUUCCGUUCCUUCAACAGUGCGACGCGCUGCGUGAAAGUGCGAUAGUGCGUUUAUCGCGAUCGUGUACGCGCGACCGUGAAUGCGUGGCCCGUUAACGCCACCGAGAGACGCGUCUUGCGAGAGGCGCGAAUCGGAAUCGCGAAUCCCCGCAUACCGCUCGUCCCACCGAGGUCAGCGAGACGGCGAUCGAGACAGCCGCGAUUCAUGGUGCUGGUGUAUCCCGUCGAAAAAACGACCGAGCUAUGCGCACGUUCGCGUCGUCGCCUACCCUAUAAUGCGUUGUGGAUCAGCAAUAAUUACUUGCCACGAAAAUUUAGUGGUACUGGCAUGAUAAAAUAAGGAAAGUGAACGAAGGAAAUGAGCCACAAUAUCGCGGGCAUGCCACCCUUCACAAGGAUGCCAUUGGCGGGUAUGGGAAUGGGUGUGAAUAUGGGCCCAAAUGCCCCACAUCCUGACUCUUCUGCCCAUCCUCAUCCACCACCGCCACCACCAGCUGGUACUAAUCCUAAGAAAAAAAGACGUACAAAUUCAAAUGUUGCUCAACCACCUCCACAGCAACCUCCGUCUGUACAGGAUCUAUUACCCCCACCUUUAUCGGGUUACGGUGAUACAAUAGUAGCGAGUAAUCCUUUUGACGAUACACCACCACAGACUUCACAAAGCCCAAUGAUGCAUGGAGGUCCUCCACAUAUGCAUCCUCAUCAUCCGCAUCACAUGGGUGGGCCUCCUAUGCGAGGCAUGAGUCCUUUAACUUCUAUGGGUGGCAUGAGUCCUAUGAUGCCACAUAAUAUGGGCAAUAUGAGCCCUAUGGGUAAUUCACCCAUGACAAAUCAUAUGAAUCAUAUGGGAGCUAUGUCUCCUAUGAAUCAUGCUCCUCUCGGCGGCAUGAGCCCCAUGAAUAAUAUGGGGCCAAACAUGCCACCUGGUCCAAUAAACACUAUGAACAAUCAUAUGAAUAUGAGUCAUAUGGGAAAUUCGCAACUAAGUGGUCCACCUAUGGGUAGUCCAAUGAAUAAUAUGAAUAGUGGGCCUAUGGGUAGUCCGAUGAACAAUAUGGGUCACAAUAUGGGUAGUCCUAUGGGUGGGCCUCUAGGUUCUCCGAUGAACACUAUGGGAGGAUCUAAUCAUAUGCCUAAUGGACCAAUGAAUAUGAAUAACAUGAACAGUCAUAUACCGCCCAACAGUCCGUUAAACGGACCAUCGCUAAACAACGUGAAUAGUCCAUUAGGACACAAUGGAUCUCAACCUCAUCCGAAUCAUAUGGGAAACAAUCUUAACAAUUUAGGAAGACCUAUGAAUGGACCUAUGACUACUAUGAGUUCGAUGACAUCAAACAAUAUGAAUAUGACUGUGCCGAAUCAAAUGAACAAUAUGAAUAUGGGUGGUCCAGGAAUGAAUAUGCCUAAUGUGAAUAUUAGUCAUCAUAAUCAAAUGGGAGGUCAUAUGACAGGACCAAUGGGUACAAUGCCCAAUAAUAUGGGCGGUGGACCACCUAUGGGACACCCCAUUAAUUCCAUGGGAGCUUCUCUGCCACCACAUGGAUUUCAAGGUCCAGGAAUGGGUCCAAAGUCAAUGCCAAUGUCCUCAGUCAAAGUAUAUCCUCCAGAGCAGUCAAUGGUAUUCAAUCCGCAAAAUCCUAAUGCGCCACCAAUUUACCCUUGUGGGGUUUGUCACAAGGAAGUACACGACAAUGAUCAGGCAAUUCUGUGUGAAUCAGGUUGUAAUUUUUGGUUUCACAGGGGUUGCACAGGAUUGUCAGAACAUGCUUAUCAAUUAUUAACGGCAGAGAUUUAUGCGGAAUGGGUGUGUGAUAAGUGUUUAAAUUCGAAGAACAUACCUCUAGUUAAGUUUAAACCAUAACACUUCGUGUCCCGUCGUUCUUGCGACGCUCGAGUGACUCUUUGUUAGCGUUUAUAUGUGGUACAUGCACAUAUGCGCGUACGAUUGCGCACAUAUACACAGACACAUCCACAGCACACAUGAUAAAUAUUAGUGCACGUGCAAAAUCGUGCAUACAAUAUAAAGAUUUGCUGUUUGUUAAUAACUUAGCUUUAACUUGUUGAAAUAUUAGGGUAUCAUUCAAAUCUUGCGUAUCAAUGAAUACAAAGGAAAAAAUAACAUUCAGAAAUUAUUUAAAAUUUUGUUCGAUUGUCCGAUUGUGACAAAUGGGUUCAUAAACAAAAUUAUUAAAUUAAAUAAAUUUUAAAGUAUAAUAGAUAUAGAAAAUAAUAUCAGCAUUCAUACAUUUCUUUGUUUCUAAAAAUUAAUGUGUAAUAUAUAGUUUAAAGUAUUUUAAAAGAAUUUGAUUCAAAAAAAAAAAUAAAAAAAAGGAUUAAGUAUGAUGUUCAAUGAUAAUAUUAUAAAAUAUCCAAGAUUUGCAAAAGACCUAGUAUUCUUACGACUAAUUGCAUUGAAUUCAAAAUUAACAGUAUCUACGUAUCGAUAUUAUUAGCAAAACAAAUGUAUAUUAUUAAAGACGAGCCAUAAGCAAUUGCAUUAUCUUUGUUUUUAUCCUACCUAAACGUUUUUAAUAAACAUUGUAAUAAAUAUUAUCUUUCAACAAUUGAUAUAUACAAUUUGUAAUAUUACAAUUUCGUGAACAAAAUUAAUGUUUAUGAGUACCAUUUGUCAUCAGAAUCAUUGAGCAUCGAUUAAAGAAUUUUGCGAAUUUUUUCGACAUUUUUAGAAGUUAUAACACAUGAACAUCAACGUAUAUCUAAAUGAUAUCGAGUGAAUUGUAAAAAACAUAAAUCAUUAAAUGUACAAAUAAUGAUGACAUUUGAUUAAUAAUUUUAUUAUAUAAUCAGAUUAUUUAUGGAAAAAUGAAAAUAUGUUUGAAACUAUAUAUAUAUAUACAAUACACAGGUCAUGUAUUAUUUAAACUAUUUUUGGUUUAUUGCAAUUGAUGAAUGUAUCGCCUUUGACACAUAGCUAUAUUUAUUGUGAUAAACAAAUUAUUACUGAUUAUUACUGAAGAUUGACAUAAGAGCUUGUCACAAGUCCUAUUUUUAUUGUUAGAUCUACAUGUUUUAUUAAACUUAAGUGUAUGACUCAAAACAAUCAGCAUGAAUGAUGGGUCAACUCCAUCCAGAAAACAGAAUUAUACAGACUUAAAUGUAGUAUUGGUACUCCCAGACGAUAUACCUAGAAAUGCUGCAAUUCUUAUAUUUUUAUAUGUCAUGUAUUUUAAUAUAAAAAAAACCAUGGUAAAUUUUAUAUUUUAGUAUCUUUAGUUUAUUUUAGCACUUAACACUUCUUUAAAUUUAAGUAAAAAUAAAGAAAUUUUUAUUAGGUUAACAUUAUUUUUACAUAAAAUAAAAACAAAAGAAAAUGAAAACAAUAUAACGGAAAGCUUUUUGUAUGCACAAAAUAAAUGAGCUAUUCAGUGUCUUUAAAAAGCUUAACAGCAAAUUUGGUUCAAUGUGCUAGUAUUGGUACAUAUUAAAGGCUAUGGUAUAUAAAUUAUGAUGUAAAAAUGUAUGUAUAGUCUAAUCUAAGCAGGUUUUGGACUGACAAAAUGCUCAAUAUAAUUUAUAUUGAUAUAUAUUCAAGAUAUUUUAAUUAAAUUACUUAUAUUAUGUUUUUAAUGUAUGAGAAGAGAGAGAGAGUUUGAUAUACAAAAAGCUUUAAUUUGCACCAAUAUGCACUAGUGCAGCCAAAUUUAUUAGAAGAAAAAUGGAUGCUAAGUACAAUCUAUGAAAUAAUUCUGUUUGUUUUAUGUUAACUAUAAUUUAGUUAUACUGUUGCCAUGGCUUAAGCUCUUGAUUUGAGUUAUAUACAGUUAUAUUAAGUGGUUAUAUUAAGAUAUAAGAACUGUAUAUCUUUCUAAAGUUAUGUAAAAACUUUUAAUGAUAAUGAUAUUUUAUUUUACCAAGCAAUCCUUACAAAGAUUGUUUACGCACACAACAGGAAUUUAUUUGACUGACGUAAACAUGCAAAUUUCUCUAUUAUAACAGAAAAUUUGAUAUAUAGGAAAUAGACUCAAUAUAAGCCCCUGUCAUUUAGGCAGAGGGUUAAGUGCAAAAUUAAUUUGCUAAAAAUCUAACAAUAAUGAUGAAUAAAAUUAUAAUAUUGUCAAAGUUGCGGCUUUUCUGCGAAUAUUUUCUUUUAUAAUUUAUCUUAAUAUGAUAAUCUCUAUAAUAUUAAACUUGAUUAUGCAAAUAAAGACUGUUGUACACAAAAUGACAUAAAUAUGUAAUUGGUUGAAUUAAUGAAAUGCUCAGUAGAAGUUAUCACAUUGUUCAGCAAAUCUGUUCAUUUUAUCGUUUAAAAUGCUUAUGUUAUGCCCAUCUCUGUACUUAGAUUAAUUAGUAUACAACAGACUUUAAUCUGCAAUCAAAUUUAUUAUGAUAUUAAAAGCCAGCUAUUUUGAAAUAAACUGAAAUAAUGUUUUAAAUUUACAUUAUAAAGAAAUCUUAACAAAGAAUGCAUACUUAACAAUUUUAACUAGCUAGCAUAAUCUUUCGCAUCUGCCAGAUGUAUAGUAUCGAGGAUAUGAAUAUUGAAAAGAAUUGAAUAUUAUUGUCAUAGAAAAUUAACCAUUAGAAGAAACAAGGAAAUUAAAUUCCGUCGGCAUCUAACACAAAAUUAUUGAGUCUACGGAUUGUAUACUUUUUUAUAUGUCAUAAAAUAUUAGCCAUAUACAGAGA